CGGACUCAUCAUGAGGGAAACGAGUUAUGAAUCAUUUUUUUUAUUUGCAUUCACAGAAAUGAAUGCAGCCGCCGCUCCAGAAGGCUCCAAGGCCGCUCCUCCCAAGUUCAAGCAGAAGGAGAGCAGGCAGUUCAAGAGCAAGGCUCCCAAAGCCGGACAGAAGGGAUUCAAUGACGUUCCUGGGAUGGAGGGACUUGGAGAUGCGGCGGUCGUCUGCCCCUGGGAGGCGUUCGGGGACAUGGAGCUCAGUGAUCUGGCCCAGUUUGGCAUCGUCUAGACCUCGUGUCAAAUCUAAGACAGUUUAUUCCUGGCGGCUGCAGUCCAGCAGCUUUUCUUUUUUCUUUUUAUUGUUUAUUUUAUUAUUAUUAUUCCUAAGGAGCAUUGAGAUGAGAGUUAGAGGCUUCCCAUUGAUGACGGGAGGAGGAGUUUAUCUCUCACCUCAAUACAUAGAGGAAGAAGAAGAAGCGUCUGGACCACAGCCCCCAAGAAUGAAGCCCGUCCCGUCCCGUCCAGGGCCCCCGCUACGGCCCCCGCUACACAUCACCACAUGGGGGAGACUUAGCUUUCUCUGAGCUUUCUGUCACAUUUGAUUCCAUCUGAAGGAGAUCUCUGUAGGAGCCAGCUGUGGCCGUUUUAUCCCGUCUAGCUACACGUCCGUGUAAAAGUGUAACACACUGUACCGCUGUGGGUUUAGACAACGAGAUAACUGGCCACAACUUUUAACCAUCUAUCUAUCUAUCUAUCUAUCUAUCUAUCUAUCUAUCUAUCUAUCUAUCUAUCUAUCUAGAUUACUGUGUAGUUAUUGUUGUAAAUAUAUACAAAUAUAAUAAAGUAUAUUUUAGAUACACUA